GUUCUUCUGCGCCUCAAAAUCUCGAGCUUAGCACAAGCCGUGUCUGUGAUGCUGCGCCUUAAGGGUUGGCUGAUGUGGUACUCGUAUUGCGGACGUCAAUUCUAAGUCCGGAGAUAGCUCAGAGCGCUUCACGCCGGGUACUGGUGCAAUGUGGUGCUAUUUACCUGUCAAAAAGCUCGACGUGAAGUCCAGCAAUGAUGGAUGCCACCAAACUCUGCGCUGCUUUUCUUGCUAGAAGCAUGUCCUUCACGACCGACUUCGUGCACGGCGCACGAUAUGGAGCACGGCCACCAACGAAAAGCCAUAAUGAGGAAGAGCAGGUUGGCAAGGUGGAUGCAGUGGAGGUGUACAAGCGUGAGGCCAACUACAUUGACAAGACUGACAAUGUCAGCACGGCCGGUGAGGUUGGUGAGGUUGGCAAGACCUGCGAGAGGGGCGAGGGCAGCAAGAAGAGCGACAAUAGCGAGCAUAGCGAGAAUAGCGUGAAUAGCGGGAAGAGCGAGACCGGCGAGACCAGCGAAACCAGCGAGGACAGCGAUAAGUGCUCUAUAUUUGCCGCGCCAAUCUACAGACGAGGCGGGCUAACAGACCAGUGAUGUCAGGCGAGAAUGUUGCCCUGAUCAGGCUGCUUGUGGCAGCAUCGCUUCUUCGGAAUACGCCUCGGUGGAUCUGCCUUCCAAGGUCUCUCGCUCGCACAAACCACCGAGUAUCGCAUGUUCCACCGCGCAAAGAGCUGAGAAGCCGCGAACCUUAGAUGGCAG